AUGGACUUGAACUCAUGGACCGACCAUGGAUCGACAGGUAUCCAAUCCAGCUCCUCAAAGCCAUACAAUGCGAUUGAUGGCAACCUCUUCAACGACGGCGGAACCUAUUACAUGAAUUUUGGCUCCUUCUGGCAUGACAUCUACCAGGCACCGAUGAACUCGGCCGCAACGGCCGUGGCGUCCUCGUCCUAUAAUAUCGCCUAUAACCCCUCAGGGACCCAUGCCGUCGAAGGAUCGUUCUUGUAUAAGUAUGGCAGUUACUACUACCUCUUUUAUUCUGCCGGAAUCUGCUGUGGCUAUGACACAUCCAUGCCGGCAUCCGGACAAGAAUAUAAGAUCAAAGUCUGCCGGUCCACCUCAGCGACUGGUAAUUUCGUUGACGCUAGCGGUGUUGCUUGCACGAAUGGCGGCGGCACGGUUGUCCUCGAAAGUCACGGAACUGUAUAUGGACCUGGUGGACAAGGUGUCUUCACUGACCCAAGCCUUGGCCCUAUCCUUUACUACCAUUAUGCCGAUACCACAAUUGGCUAUGCAGACAGCCAGAAGCUCUUCGGAUGGAAUACGAUUAAUUUCUCCAGCGGAUGGCCGGUCGUGUGA